AUGAGUUUGCCACCGAAAGUAGUCCCCAAACCCGCUGCCGCCGUCGCCGCCAGCGGACCUGGAAGCGGCCCCUCUCCAUCGAGCCAACUGCGGGCUACCCUGACCUCCGUGUCGCUGCCACCCGGAGCCCCGGCGGUCCCCCAGCCCGGAGCCGUACCACCAACUCAAAUUCCUCGGGUUCAGCAGUCGCUGGAUGACAGAAUCUUCUCUACGCAGCCUGGAGUGGCUGCCGUCUAUAGCCUCCCCAGGCACGCUGGCCCCCCUUACACCCCUCACGACAUCACAAAGGGACACCCAAGCUUGGCGGGCACCCCACCCGGUCAUGCCCACUCCCCGGCGCUCUCUCAGGUAUCCGUACCCCCAGCUCCCACGUAUCGCUAUCCUAAGGGCUGGGAGACGGGCGGAGGGUCUCCAUACAACCCUGGGCAGAAUGCUGGCGCCGCCCCUCUAGUGUAUUCUCCUCAGACGCAGCCAAUGAAUGCACAGCCACAGAGUCGCCCAUUUGCAACGGGCCCACGACCGACCCACCAUCAGGGAGGAUUCAGGCCCAUCCAGUUUUUCCAGAGGACUCAGAUGCAGACUGCAAGGCCCACCAUCCCCACGAACACCCCCACCAUACGACCCGGAUCCCAGGCUCCAACGGCAGCCGUCUACCCCACUAAUCAAGCCAUCAUGAUGACCAUGGCGCCCAUGCCUUUCCCGUCACCACAGGCUGCACCGUACUACAUCCCACCGUAUCGCCACAGCGCUGCCUAUGUGGCGCCUCCUCAGCAGUAUUCUGUCCAGCCCCCAGGGUCAGGUACCUUCUAUCCAGGUCCAGGACCAGGGGAAUACCCGUCCCCGUACCAUCCCCUCAGGUACCACCCACCUGUGUCACCCUCAGUUCCUGCCCCCGUUCCCACAGCUGGCCCGCCCUACUACCCAGGGCAGACCGUGUACUCGGCCUCGCCGCCUAUCAUAGUGCCUACACCACAGCAACCUCCACCAGCCAAGCGCGAGAAGAAAACGUCCUCACAGAUUCGUAUCCGUGACCCCACUCGGGGUGGACGGGACAUCACUGAGGAGAUUAUGGCGGGGGGUUCGGGGAGCAGGAACUCAACGCCCCCCGUCGGCCCGCCUUCCUCUACUCCAACACCCCCUCAGCAGUCGCUGAGCAGCAGGCAGACUCCGGAGCUGCAGUCGCCCUCGCAGUCGCAGCACGCCACUUCUGGAGGCUUUGUGCCAGAACCCUCUGCGCCCUCGCAGCAGCCGCAGCAGGCAACGACAACAGAGGCCCUCGACACCAAACUAGGGCCAGAUGAGACACCAAAAUUGGAGGCGUUUGUGGAAAAGUCUUCCUCACCUGUGCUGCUGCAGCCGGAAGCUCCCCUAGAAAGACUGGAAGUUGGCCCUCUUGUAGUAGAGAACUCUUCCACUGUUGAACCACAACUUGCUUUUGCUGCCUCAGAGCCAGCCCUAAUGACCCUCCCGACCACGGCCGUCAACAGCGGUGACCGGCCCCCUUCAACUGCUUCAUUCUCUUCUAAGGCACCUUGUAAUACCAAUGCUGACAAACCGAUCUCGGCUGCUCCCUCUCGGAUUCUGACAGUCUCACCUUCACCAGUUCCCAAGGCUGUGAACGGCAUUGCAGAUCCUGACACCGAACUGGAGACUUCGACCCCUGAACCACCUCUGGCGUCCCCAUGCGGAGCACGUCCUCUUGCUUCUUCUCCCGCUUUCCAAGACGCCUCUUCAGAAACCUUACCCUCUGACAUUAGGCCUGAAGUGCCAAUUGCUGCUGAUCUAGCUCCCAUGGCGUCUUUGGCGGUGGUGCCCGUUGCCCUGACGUCAAGCUCUGCCACUGCUUUGCAAGUCAUGCUACCCCCUGGUCUUCCGCCUCUGGUGCAGGCCGCUGCAGAGACCGACGAGCUGAAGCAGCCCCAGGACAGCAAAGAUCUCGUCUCCAGGAUGGGGGGAGAGGAACCUGGAGUCAUUACUGAAGCAGAGUCCCAGCUUAAUUUGUUCACUAGGAAGAGCCCCACUACAGUAAAUCAGGCUACCACUGCUAUACCAAAGACCUGGAGGAAACCAAAUGAAUUGCUCCAUGCCGGAGAUGCACACCAGAAGGAGAACGAGGAAGAGCCUCAGCCUGUAGAUUCGGUUGCUGUGGAACCAAGGCUGCAGUUGGGUCUACCCCUGGCCCCACCAUCAGUCAUCUCCUCUGCCGACAGCCCGGCUCCUACGGGCAGCCCUGAGACCAACAGGAAACUAGCUGUCCCAGAGGAGAAUGGCGAUACUGAACCGGAGCCCUUAAGGAAUGGCGCUGGCCACAUGUCAGAGACAGAGAGUAGUGACAGCGGCGUUUCGCCAGGGGAAAAGGACAGUUCCACCGGGGCCUCGCAGGACAUAGAGGUUGGUCCAGACCUGUCUGAUCCCAGCAAGAAACGACAAUACGACAGGGGCUUCCUGUUGCGUUUCCAGUUCAUGCCCGCCUGCAUACAAAAACCCGAGGGUCUCCCACCUAUCAGCGAUGUGGUGCUCGACAAGAUGAAUCAAAACAAGUUGCCUUCUCGAGUUGUGGAUCCUAGGGUGAUUUCCAGGGGACCUGAUUUCACACCGUCUUUCGCCGACUUUGGUAGACAGAUGAGUGGUGCACGAGGCACUAUGCUCAUGAACAUGGGCACGCGGCGGCCUCCUCCCAGGAAGAUCAUCAUGAACGUGUCGGUGAACGACGAAGUUAAACUGCAGAAAGCAGAGAACGCAUGGAAGCCUGGCGCUAAGCGGGAGUGUGUGGAUGAGGACCCUGAGACGCUCAGAACACAGGAGCUCUUCAGGAAAGUGCGCAGCAUCCUGAACAAGCUUACACCUCAGAAGUUCGGCCAGCUGAUGAAGCAGGUAACGGACCUCACCAUCGACACGGAAGAGCGACUCAAGGGGGUGAUCGACCUGGUUUUCGAGAAGGCCAUCGACGAGCCGAGCUUCUCUGUGGCCUACGGGAACAUGUGCCGUUGCCUCGCUGAGCUCAGAGUGCAAAUAGCUGACAAGCCCAACAACACGGUCAACUUUCGCAAACUGUUACUACACCGCUGCCAGAAGGAGUUCGAGAAGGACAAAGUGGACGACGUGGUGUUUGAGAAGAAGCAGAAGGAGCUGGACUCUGCUGAUUCAUCCACGGAGCGUGAGCGGUUGCAGGAAGAGCUAGAAGAGGCGAAAGACAAGGCGCGGCGGCGAUCCAUCGGCAACAUUAAGUUCAUCGGUGAGCUCUUCAAGCUCAAGAUGCUGACGGAGGCCAUCAUGCACGACUGUGUCAUCAAGCUGCUGAAGAACCAUGAUGAAGAGUCUCUGGAGUGCCUUUGCAGGCUUCUCACCACCAUCGGCAAAGACCUUGACUUUGAAAAGGCAAAGCCUCGAACGGAUCAGUACUUCAAUCAGAUGGAAAAAAUCGUGAAAGAGAGGAAAACGUCGUCUCGGAUACGCUUUAUGUUGCAGGAUGUCAUUGAACUGAGAAUGCACAACUGGGUGUCCAGACGAGCUGACCAGGGGCCCAAAACCAUUGAACAGAUCCACAAGGAGGCCAAAAUUGAAGAGCAGGAAGAGCAAAGAAAGGUGCACCAGCAGCUGCUCUCCAAGGAAAACAAGAGACGAGGAGAUCUACGAGAACAGAGAGAGCCACGCAUGCCCAGAGAAGAGACCUGGAAUAAUAGUGUGCCCAUGACCAAGAGCAGCAGGACCAUCGAUCCUAAUAAGAUCCCAAAGAUCUCGAAGCCUCAGAUGGAUGAGAAAAUCCAGCUUGGCCCAAGGGCUCAAGUCACGUGGGUGAAGGGUAGCAGCGGCGGAGCCAAAGCCAGCGAUUCAGAAGUAUCGCGGAGCGCCAGCAACCUCAACCACUACUCAGCCCUGCAGUCAACACUCUCGUCUCAACAAGCCUCGUCGAGUUCUCAACAAAAUCCGGACUUCAACUCUAGGAGAACUCUCGGAAGCUCUCGUAGCAGCACAGUGCGAGAGCGUAGCGAGAAGCCACAGGUCCAUACGGUGCCAUCGUUGUCCUCGUCGCUGAGGCCCACGUCGUUUAACAGGAGCGACAGUUCAAAGGAGCUGCGAGACAGCCAACCCCCGGAGGAGACGCGGAGGGAGCGGGAAACUGAAGCGGCUGAGCCCCGCAGAUUGAGCGUUACGGAGGACAAGUCAGAGGUGGAACCAGAGCGUAGUAGGACUAGAGAACCCGUUAAACCUGAGCCAGUGGCACCAACGCCAGAGAGGCUGGUCCUGUCUGAGGAGGACAUGGAGAGGAAGUCCAAGGCCAUCAUUGAUGAGUUCCUCCACAUUAAUGAUUAUAAGGAGGCUGUUCAAUGUGUGAACGAACUGGUUUCGUCCUCUCUGCUGCAAACCUUUGUGCGCGUCGGAGUGGAGUCCACGCUGGAGCGCAGUCAGAUUACGAGGGAACACAUGGGGCUGCUCUUCUUCCAGCUGGUCCAGCAGGGAGUCCUGCCAAAAGACCAGUUUUACAAAGGGUUCGCCGACAUCCUGGAACAGGCGGACGACAUGGCCAUCGACAUUCCUCAUAUCUGGCUGUACCUGGCCCAGCUGCUAACCCCCGUGUUGAAGGACGGAGGCUUCUCUAUGAGAGAGCUCUUCAGUGAAUUAAGCAAACCUCUUCUCGCUGUGGGAAGAGCAGGAAUCCUAAUAUCUGAAAUACUGCACAUACUAUGCAAACAAAUGAGCCAUAGAGCUGUGGGAUCUCUGUGGAGGGAAUCAAACCUCAGUUGGCCUGACUUCCUGCCAGAGGGAGAGGACGUCCACGCCUUUAUCUCAAAACAGAAGUUGGAGUUCACCAUGUCGGACGCCACCUCCGGAGCAGCUCGGUCCAAAAAGACGCUUUCACCCGAGGAGCUAAGCCAGCAACUGGAGAGGCUCCUGUUGGAGGACAUGGCCAGUGAUGAGCAGAUCUUUGACUGGGUGGAGGCAAACCUGGACGAACCUCAAAUGAGCUCUUCACCUUUCUUAAGGGCGUUGAUGACGGCGGUGUGCAAAGCAGCAGUGAAAGACAUCGGCAGCAAUUGUCGGGUAGACACGGCCAUCAUCAAAAGGAGGCUUCCCGUAUUACUCAAGUACCUUAACUCAGACACUGAGCGACAGCUACAAGCACUUUAUGCACUACAGACGCUGAUAGUCUCCCUCGAUCAGCCUCCCAACCUCCUGCGGAUGUUUUUCGACUGCCUCUAUGACGAGGACGUUAUCUCGGAGGACGCGUUCAACAAGUGGGAGAUCAGCAAAGACCCAGCGGAGCAGAACGGCAAAGGCGUGGCCCUCAAGUCGGUGACUGCCUUCUUCACGUGGCUACGGGAAGCCGAAGAGGAGUCCGAGGACAAUUGA